AUGGAUUCAUCUCAGCCAUCAACAUCAUCAAAUGGAUAUGUAGGAUCUUCUAAAGAUCAAUUUCUAUUUAAAAUUUUAAUUAUUGGCGACGUUGGCACCGGCAAAUCAUCCAUCGUGCAACGCUAUGCUCACAAUCUAUUCACACAACAUUACAAGGCUACGGUUGGUGUUGACUUUGCAACAAGAACUUUGAUAUGGAGUGAUGAGGCGACAUUAAGAUUACAGCUAUGGGAUAUUUCAGGUCAAGAUCGAUUCAGUAAUAUGACACGAGUGUAUUAUAAAGAUGCUCAUGGUGCUAUCGUGGUAUUCGACUGCACUCGUCAAAAUACCUAUGAUGGAGCGUUGCGCUGGAAAAGUGAUCUAGAUAGUAAAAUUACUCUUGCUACUGGAAAACCAUUACCUUGCAUACUUGUUGCUAAUAAGGCUGAUCUUGACAACAAAAUAACAAGUGGAAAGCUGGAGGAGUAUCGUGAAAAAGGAGGCUUCUUGAAUGCUUUGAAAACAUCUGCGAAAUCAAAUUAUGGCAUUGAAGAUGCAUUUGGCUUACUAACAGAACAAAUCCUUGAAAUAAAGAAGAGUGGUCAAUAUGCAGUGCCAUAUUCUCAGGAUGAUCAAACAAUCAAAAGACUACAUUAUACACCGGAACGAAAAAGAAGAAAGUUCGGUUUGAAGUGGCGAUCAUGCUGUAAUUGA